AUGCCCGCGGCCGUCGAAGAGAUGGAUACUACACCUAAUUCGCAAGCUGCUAUGGAUGCAAGCGCAGCUGAUAAAAAGCGCAAUAAGUUGGGAUAUCAUCGGACAUCUGUCGCUUGUGUACAUUGCCGGCGCCGGAAGAUCCGGUGUUUAGUGGCAGCAGAUGAUGCGCAAGGACGAUGUGAGAACUGUAUUCGAUUGCGCAAAGAAUGUCAAUUUUUCCCAGUCGACCAACAACCUCCAGUGGAGAAGAAGUCGCGGCCCAGUUCCAGACUGGAAGCCGGAUCAGACCCUUCAGUGACAACACCAAUGUCCCUCUCAUCGUCACCAACGAGCUUGAACCCGGACUCGGUAGAGGCAUUCUAUCCGUACGCUCAAGUCCCCAUGAACGCAUCAUCGGGAGAUAUGGCGGCUUUUAACCCCGGCGCAUUUGCGGCGACUCAGAUGCCAGGGUUCACACCUGAUCGACCCAUGGGACCGGGUGAAUUCUCCGGAAUCCCCACGAUGGAAGGCGGACUUGCAUGGGAUGAGUUCACAACGAUAUCAGACCCACAAAUGUUGGCCACGAUGGCCGCCAACAAAGGCCAGAUGAUGAACUUGACCCCGAAUGCCUGGAACUCUGCUGGAGUACCCGCGGCAAUGUCACCCAGUUCACCCAUGUCUGGCGCAUCGCCAAUGACUGGCCACGCGCAACCGAUGAACCCCGGACCAGCUUAUGCUAUGCAACCUGACGGGUCAGUCUGGCCAGUACCACCGCAGCCGUCAAGAGCAAUGAGUUAUCCUGGGCAAGACAUGAAUCCCUCAUAUUCGGGUCACUUUCAACCUCAAAUGGCCCCGGAUCUCAAACGCAGGAUGACUACACCUGCCCAUCCAUCCGCCCCCCACCCUUCCUCCGGACCUACGCCUGACAUGCAAGCGCCCCCAGGGACCGUACCCUAUCCAACUCAAGCCGGCAUGGGCUUCACACAAUGGCCUCAAAUGAAUGCCAUGCCCGCUGGAAUGGGUGUGGUACCUUACCCAAUGUACACUGGCGACGUUUCACAGCAACAAUACGCCAACUCUCCAAUGGGCCACCCAGGACAACCAGGAAGAUCGGGGCCCUAA